AUGCCUUCCUAUAACAUUGUCGUCUUCGCCGGAGACCAUUGCGGUCCUGAGGUGACCGCCGAGGCCAUCAAGGCGCUCCGUGCUAUUGAGAAGUCCCGCAAUGAUCUCACCUUCAACCUCCAAGACCACCUGUUGGGCGGUGCGUCCAUUGAUGCUACCGGCUCUCCCUUGACCGACGAGGCACUCAACGCUGCUAAGAACGCCGAUGCCGUUCUUCUGGGAGCCAUCGGAGGCCCUAAAUGGGGCACCGGCGCCGUCCGCCCCGAACAGGGUAUCCUGAAGCUUCGCAAGGAGAUGGGCACAUUCGGCAACCUGCGUCCGUGCAACUUCGCGGCGCCCUCGCUGGUCGAGAGCUCGCCGCUGCGCGCGGACGUGUGCCGUGGCGUCGACUUCAACAUCAUCCGUGAGCUGACGGGCGGCAUCUACUUUGGCGAGCGCAAGGAGGACGACGGCAGCGGCUACGCGAUGGACACGGAGCCUUACUCGCGUGCCGAGAUCGAGCGCAUCACCCGGCUCGCGGCACACCUCGCCCUCCAGCACAACCCCCCGCUCCCCGUGUGGAGUCUGGACAAGGCCAACGUGCUGGCCACCAGCCGUCUGUGGCGCAAAACCGUCUCCGAGGUCAUGGCCAAGGAGUUCCCCCAGCUGAAGAUCGAGCACCAGCUCAUCGACUCCGCCGCCAUGAUCAUGGUCAAGAACCCCCGCCAGCUCAACGGUAUCGUUGUCACCAGCAACCUCUUCGGUGAUAUCAUCUCCGACGAGGCCAGCGUCAUCCCCGGCUCCCUCGGUCUGCUGCCCAGCGCCAGCUUGAGCGGCAUCCCCGACGGCAAGAGCAAGGUCAACGGUAUCUACGAGCCUAUUCACGGAUCCGCCCCCGACAUCGCCGGAAAGGGCAUCGUCAACCCCGUCGCUGCUAUCCUCUCGGUCGCCAUGAUGAUGCAGUACUCCUUCGGUCUCUUCGAUGAGGCCCGCGCCAUCGAGGCCGCCGUCCGCAACGUCAUCGAGUCUGGUGUCCGGACUGGCGAUAUCGGCGGUUCUUCCACCACCAGCCAGGUUGGUGAUGCCGUGGCUGCCGAGUUGGAAAAGCUGUUGAAGUAA